CUUACAUCGAUUACAGCAAAAGCAAAUACUCGCCAGUCAAUGGCUCCUGCUUAUCCAUGUAGGUCAUUUGUCUCUUGAGUGAUUCUGCCGUGUGGCAAAUUCCUAUCAUCUUGGUUAUGCUGUAACUAGCAGUCCUGGACAGCCAAUUGGCAGAUAUGUCCGAGUCUACACAGCUUCCUAUCUUGACAAGACCAUCCGUUUUCUUUUCCCUUUUUGAAGCCCACCCUUUGCUACCAGCCGUUUCUACUUGUUUCCAGCAGACUGUUGUUCGAGCAGAUGAGGAGAAAGGGUCGACUGAUCACGUUGCUUACUCAUCAAAGGCCAAUGAGUCACACUUCUCAGUGGCCAAGAUCGCUUCAAGUGAUAAGACGCAUCGGGUGUUCCAACUUUCUGCCAUCUUUCCAUCCUUACGGCAGUUAUCUCUCGAGUUUUGCGUUUGUCAUGCGUGCUGCACUCGCUCUGCUGGCGGUGUUUGUCAGCUUGGUUCUAGCGGAAGUUCACCCACUACGACCCAUCGACCUCGUAUCUUUUCAUAAGGUUUCAUCACCUGUUCCGUCUCUUGAUGGCCGACAUGCGCUGUUUACCGCUUCACGAUACAACCCGACCGAGAAUGAGACCAAAAAGGCUCUGUGGUUGCUGAAUCUCGAGGAUAAUAGUGUGGUCAAUCUCGGUGGAAAUGUUGUUGGUGAUCCGAUCUGGUUGGGGAACGGAGUAAUUGCCGGGAUUGGAAGUGGGAGUGGAUCCCAGCAGGUUUGGUUCGCCGAUGUGUCUCAACUUCUCAACGACACUUCUCUGAGAGACAAGCCGGAAUUCCACCAACUCACUGAUUACCCCAUUGACAUCGCUAAUCUCAAAUUCCACGUAAACACAUCUACGUUGGCUUUCACAGCCGAGGUUUACGAAGAUGGCUCAUUGGAAACAGCACGUAAGAAGAUAGAAGAAGAAAAGAACAGGCAUUAUUCGGCUGUUGUUUAUGACCAGUUAUUUGUCAGACACUGGGAUGUCUACGUCCACCCUGAGCGCCAUAACAACUUGUUUGUCGUCAAGCUCAAAGUCGAUGGGUCCUCUGUUUCUCUUGAUGGGAACGCUACGAAUUUAAUGGCAGGGGAGGGUUUGGAGACCCCCGUUCCUCCUUUUGGCGACGCCAGUAACUUUGCAUUCUCUCAUGAUGGCAAACAGAUCGCUUUUGCCACGCGCGCUCCCAAAAGGAGCGUCGCCUGGAACACCAAUGUCGAUAUUUACACUGUGCCAACGGACGGCAGCGAAAAGCCUAUGAGUCUCUCCGGAAAGAACAAGGGAGCCGACACGUUCCCCGUGUAUUCUCCUGAUGGGAAAUAUCUUGUGUGGCUUCAGAUGCGGACACCCCAAUACGAAGCCGAUAAGAACCAAAUUGUUCUUUACGACCGGGAAACCGGAAAGGUCCGAAACCUAGCAAGCAAAUGGGAUCGCAGUGCAGAAUCCUUGGCAUGGACAGCCGACUCGCAUCACCUCAUCCUCACAGCCCAAGAUCACGGCCACGUCAAGAUUUUCAAAUUAAGCAUCAAGUCGCGCAAGGUCAAACCCAUUGUUGAACAGCAUACAAACGAAGGGCUGUCCGUCGUUGGAGAUACGCUCUUCUUUGAGCAGAACAGUGCCGUAGCCCCCGCUGAGAUUUAUACCCUGGAUCUUUCUGAAAAAAGUGCACAGCCGACGCAGCGGACAUGGUUCAAUAACGAUCUCUUGCUCCAAACUCUUUUGAGCGAUCCAGAGGAAUUCUGGUUCAGGGGAGCCACUGGCGAUUCUGUGAUGGGAUGGCUGUUCAAACCUGUCACAUUCCAUUCUCAGGCACGCUACCCUCUGGCAUUCUUGAUUCAUGGUGGACCUGAGGGUGCAUGGAAUGAUGGGUGGUCUUACAGGUGGAACCCACAGAUUUUCACAGGCGCGGGAUAUGCCGUGGUGGUGAUCAACUUUCACGGUUCCACUGGUUACGGACCCGAUUUCACGAAAUCCAUUUUGAAACAUUGGGGAGGCCGCCCUUACCAUGACUUGAUGAGAGGCCUGGAUUUUGCUCUUGAAAACUUUCCUUUCAUUGACAGCAAGCGUGUCGCUGCUUUGGGCGCGUCCUAUGGUGGAUACAUGAUCAACUGGAUUAACGGCCACACCAACCGAUUUAAAUGCCUCGUCAAUCAUGACGGGACCUUUAAUACGCUUUCCAGCUACUAUGCCACAGACGAACUUUACUUUAUGGAAAGUGAAUUCGGAGGACCACCCUUCCCACAAGGUCGAAAAUCCAAACCGAACCGUAUCUACGAAAAAUGGAACCCAGCCGCGUUUGUCCACAAAUGGUCCACACCCACUUUGGUCAUCCACGGCGAAAAAGACUAUCGGCUUCCCGUUACGGAAGGAUUAUCUACCUUUACUGCGUUACAGAGACGAGGUGUGCCCUCUCGCCUUGUGUAUUUCCCAGAUGAGAACCACUGGGUGCUCAAACCUGGCAAUUCCCUGAAAUGGCAUGCGGAAGUCCUGGGAUGGUUGGAUAGGUGGGUGGGAAGCGGACAACACAUUACUGCAGAGUCGCUAGACAAUGAACCGGAGCUGGAUGAGUGGAUCGAUGAGAUGGAACAAGAGGAUGACCAGCAACAACUGCCUGAUCAGUCACCUCUUGUUCUCCAAAAUGACGAGCGUACUAUGAUUGUUGAGUAGAUGGCGUUAACUUUGUGGAUAGCAAUGCAUGCGGAGGAAAACAGGGACGUUUUUAAUUCAGUUUUGCUGUUGUGUGGAUGGACCUAGUGUGUUCCUUUGUAUUGUAAUUGCACGAUGAUUCCUAAUCAAAACUGGGGUGUCAAGCUUGCUA